UUUCAGUUGAGACUCGGACUCCGCGCUGUAUAAAUGUGUGCCCGGCAACAGGACCCGAUACUUGGACCUGGAGGAGAGGCGACGGCGGAGGUGUCACGUCGAGACGGGAUGUUUGGGACGUGAGGAAAGAAUUCGGCGAGUUGACGAAACUUGGAAAAACCUUCAGGAGAUGCCGCGACGAGACGACCCAGGCCCCGUCCGCGAAGGGUGUCCUGGCACGGUGCCUCAGGAAACACGGGGUCGCUGAGGGGAGGAGUGCCAGCGGGGGGGCCAAGAGGGGGAGAAAGUCCAAGAAGAGGAAGAGGAAGAGGAAGAUGAUGAGGAAGAACGCGCAGAAAAAAGUGACGUGCGGACAGACAUACUGCAUGAAAGCGGGAGAUAAGAAAAUAUUCCGCGUGCGAGCCAACAUGGACGUCUGCGCCAUUUUCGUGCACGGGGAUGGGAGCACAGAACUCGAGAUGAACUGCAAGACAUUCGACCUGUCUGCCUGCACAAAAGAAUACUUUUUCGUUCAAGACCAAACUUCUGAGAAACGGUUCUGUGGAAAGAAAGGUCCCGAGAAGAUGACGGGGAUGCAAGCCUUGUACCUGUUGUACGAGAGAGCCCAGCGGAGUCGGAGGAGGAGGCCGAGGGUGUGGUGUUCCAUCGAAGGGGUCGAGCCUGAUGGUGCGGGCAGCGGCGUCGAGGAUGAAGAUGAGACCAGCUCUGCCGUCCAAGCAAUGGGGUGUGACAAUGUGUGCGGCCAGGCUCCAGCGGGCGCAGGAGCAACCAGGAUCGUGGGCGGGGAGGAGGCGGGCGCGGGAGAGUAUCCAUGGAUGGUGAGGCUGGAUAUCUCCCUCGGCAGUGUCAGCAGGUCGUGUGGAGGUGCCAUCCUGACGACCACGCACGUCGUCACAGCGAGUCAUUGCGUCGACGAUGAAAACUUGGAGGUCACGGUGAGAGCGGGCAUGCAUGACCUGGCCUCGUAUCAGGAGAACACAACCCAGAUUAUCAAGGCCAGGCAAGUUCUCCUGCACCCGGAGUUCAGCCCCGUGACUUCCGCGAACGACAUCGCUCUGCUGACCCUCGCGGAGCCCCUGGAGUGGGCGUCGGGCGUGGGUCCCGUCUGCCUCCCUCCCGACGCGGACUUCGAGGAUCGGGUGGCGGUCGUCACGGGCUGGGGCGCCACGGGGUCGAACGGGCCAUACACCACGAAGCUCAACGAAGUAGCUGUUACUAUCACGGACCAGGAAAUGUGUGAAAAGGCUUAUAUCUCCUCAGACUUCUCUGUCACUGAUAAACACAUCUGUGCCGCUGAUUCUGGGAAAGACGCAUGCCAUGGUGACUCAGGGGGUCCGCUUGUCAUCAAAGAAAACGGGAGAUGGGUUUUGAUCGGCAUUGUGAGCUUCGGCAGGGGGUGUGCCUUGCAAGGAUUCCCAGGCGUGUACACCCGCGUUUCCUCCUACAACACUUGGCUCCUUAGAAAUAUGACUUUUGGAUCGUGUUGACAGUCCUUCAUAGCAAGGGUGUGUCAGGUCCAGUUUUUGAAAUUAAA